CGACGGUAACACGAUGCCUCCAUCAACGUGUCAAAUCUGUCAAAAGGCGCGCGCUCAAAUCCUCCGACCGAAGAAUCACGCCCGAAUAUGCGCGCCAUGCUUCAUACAGAUAUUUGAAGAUGAGGUCGCAGAGACGGUGGAAUCGUCAAAAUUGUUUCAGCCGGGCGAGAAGGUGGCCAUAGGUGCAUCUGGAGGAAAAGAUAGCACAGUGCUGGCCUCAGUGCUCAAAACAUUAAAUGAUCGACAGAAUUGGGGCCUGGACUUGAUUCUGCUUUCCGUAGAUGAGGGCAUUCAAGGCUACCGGGAUCACAGUCUCGAGGCUGUCAAGAGACACGCCGAGCAGUAUCAGCUUCCGCUGAAAAUUGUGAGCUAUGCUGAGCUGUAUGGAUGGUCGAUGGACCAGGUCGUAGCGCAGGUGGGUAAGAAGGGCAACUGCACAUAUUGCGGCGUUUUCAGACGGCAGGCGCUGGAUCGCGGCGCGGCCAUGUUGAAUGUUGGUCAUGUCGUGACCGGCCAUAAUGCAGACGACGUAGCAGAGACUGUGCUUAUGAAUUUGCUAAGAGGAGAUUUACCGCGAUUGAGCAGAGCUACGAGCAUCAUUACAAGCACACCCUCCGCGAAAGCUCCGCAGACCGAGAACGGCGAGGUCAACUUCACGAAUGUUAAGAGGAGCAAGCCUUUGAUGUAUGCCUACGAGAAGGAAAUUGUGCUUUAUGCACACCAUAAGAAGCUUGAUUACUUUAGCACCGAGUGCAUAUACAGUCCGGAAGCCUUUCGAGGGUCGGCGAGAACUCUGAUCAAGAAUUUGGAGCGGAUACGACCAGAAAGCAUUUUGGAUGUGGUGCGAUCUGGCAUUGAUAUGGCGAAGCUGGUUCCGGACGCGAAUGUAAGCUGCAAAGGUUCUUGUGGCACUGAGGACGCCGCGGCAGCCAAAGGUGCGGAAGAUGAGACAGCUGGCGGCUGCGGAACUGCCAAUGGCAAGUCGAGCGGUGGUGAGAUGGCAGAGAUGGAGGAAAAGCUGUGCCAAGAUGAGCAAGCUGCUGCCAACGGAACCGAAAUAGAGGUGAAGAUGCCGAUCAAGCCCGCCUCAGGAGGGAAAGAGCUUGAGGAAUCGGUCGACCCGAGCAAGAAUACCAUACCUAUCAGAACCAGGCAGGAGAAGAAAGGAGCUCCUGGACAGAAUCGCGGCGCAGGACCUAUCAAACAGAAACUCGGACAAUGCGAGAGAUGCGGGUACCUGUCUUCACAAGCAGUCUGCAAGGCUUGUGUGCUACUCGAAGGCUUGAACAAAGCGCGGCCUCGUACUGAGAUAACAGUGGCGGACUCUGCAGAAUGA